CGUGAGAUGGCGAGCAGUUGGCGGAUGAAUAUGGCGCCAAAAGUAGAGAGCAACAGAGGAGAGAGAAACCGACCAAAACAUCGGAGGAGAGAAAAUCUCUGUCUUAGCCGUGUCUCGUCUCGUCUCUUCUCUUCUCUUCUCUUCUCUUCCCUCAACCCCAAUCUCUAUCUCUCUCUCUCUCUCUCCAUGGCAGCAGACCACCAGCUUAGGGAAGCAUUGUAUUGCAGAAGAUGGGAAAGGAUUUGCAGCACCAAGAAAGCGGAAUUUCUCUGGAUAAUCCUCAACCAGGAUGCAUGUGGGGAAUAUUACAUCACUUCCACCGCACUAAAUGGCUUAAUGUCAAGAAACGGUUGCCUAGCAGAAGGUUUGGCAGUUCGAAAAAUGACUCUGAUCAAGGGAGUAAAGAAACUGCUCCGGGUGGAGGUGAAAUUCAAGGAAACAUAGAUGCCAAAACCGAGAAUUCUGCUGCAGGGAAAGCUGGGGACUCGUCUGGUUCGGUUUCUAAGUCCAUGAGAUCUCGAUUGAAAGCUUUAAUCGUGGACGAAGUGUAUAAAAGAAGGGGCCAACACAAUCGAACCUCAUCGUGCCCAAGCCCAACACACUCACCACUAGCCCGAACAAAUUCCAUCCAUCGUCGAGCUCCUUCAAGUGUAGAUCUUCCUGACAAUGAUAUUUCUUUAGCUGACAAAACUUCUAAGCAUAAUCGCACUAGUAGUGCCCAUUGUUCUGCCACUAGCUUAUCGGACCCGGUCCUGCCAAGUAUGGCCAAGCCAGAGUCAAAGCGAUUCCCGGGUGCUCUUGAUCAAUUAGACAUGAAAAAGGAGGUAUUCCUCAAAUUCUUACAUUACCGGGGUUCAGCGUUUGGGCAUCAAUUGCAUAGCACCCAGGGGUCGAAAAAGCCAGUAGGACUAACCAAGUCGGUGUCGUUUCCUUCUGCUGGCUCGUUCCUAAGAGAGGCGUUUAUUGUUAAAGAAAUCGAGCAUUAUGCAAAAGCAGAAAGGCCUGCACCCUCACCCGAGCUGUGCAGGGAAGGUAGUGUUACAAAACGUCUUUUGACAAAUCCCGAGUUCUUUGACAAUGUCCCUCCAGAUUUAAGUGGGGAGCAUAAGAACAAGCAUGAUAGUAAACAAGGUAAAAAAAGUUUCAGGAACCUAAGGGAUAAAAUAAGGCAUGCAAUAAGGGAGAGCAAAAAGGAGAAGCAUAGGAUUGUCAUGGAUGCAGUUCUUGAUAAAGUCCCCCACGGACACGAUAAAAAAGAAGAGUUGGACACGAAAUACAGAAGGUCCCUCCGGAGGAGUUCCAGUAGUACUUCUCCAUUUGGAAAGACCGAUGCACGAUACAUGAAACGAACCGUGUCUUGCAAUGACUUUGCAGACCGCUAUAAUCGGUUGCUCGAAUCCUGUUUCAAACAAAAAGUAAAACACCAUACCUCCGAGAGGCAGAGCUAUGGAGCAUUAGGAACGCCUUCCUCUUCUAGUGCUGGCCCCAAAACCCUCGGCAGGAUUCUUUCGUUGCCUGAUCUGAGGUGUUAUGGUUCAAAUGAGGAUUGUCUAUAUGCUAGUUCUUCUAACACGCCAUUCAGUACUGCUGCAGGACACACCUUGAGUAUCUCCGGUGACCAAAAGCAUCUGGAAAUUCAAAGUGAUUAUGAUGACUUUAGUGGCUUACAAACUCACGAGAGCCCUGCCCCCUAUAGCAACAACAUCAAGCGCACUUCAUCUUCUGAUUCAGUACUUGACAAACCAACACAAAUAUCGGCUCCUGAAAUAGAUCUCCAGUUCACAACAGAACCAGCAGAGUUCUCUAUGGAUGAAGGAGAUUCAUUUGCUGACCAAGAAAACAUAUCAAAGACAGAAAAUAUAAGCACAGCAGAAGAUUCAGUAAACGAUGAGAAGGGAUGGGAGGACAUGUGUAUGCGUAUUGAGGUUGAUGACAGUAACAGGGCUGCAUUCGAUUAUGUAAAACGUAUACUACAAGAAUCGGGAUUAUGCAGAGGAGAGUUCCUAGAGAGAUGGCAUUCGGCUGAAAUGCCAUUAAACCCUCUGGUGUUUGAUGAAGUGGAGCAGUGCAUUAUGGCACAAUCAGACUGUACUGGAAGUGAAGAUGAUGGCGCGUACGAUCAUCUUCUUCUGUUUAGUUCAGUGAAUGAGACGGUGCUAGAAAUAUACGACAAGUCGUAUGUGUACUGGCCAAAUCCACUGACGUGCCGGUCUUGUAUCAGACGAAUGCCUGUAGGUUAUGGGGUUUUAGAGGAAGUGUGGGGCAAUAUCAGGCGGUUACUGCGCCAGAGUGAUUUGCUUGAGGAUCCGGUGGGCUGGGAUUUGGCUAGGGGUGAUAAUUGGAUGAAUCUUCAGUUUGAAGCAGAGUGUGUUGGACUUGAGCUGGAAGACCUCAUAUUAGAUGAUCUUUUGGAUGAGCUGCUUUAUGAUGACCUGCUUGUAUAUUGACUUCAUCUAUCAGCAGAUUUUGUAGGAGUGGGAAGUAUAUUUCCCUAUGUUCAUACAAUUUAAUGACAGCCACUUUUUUUUUAACAUGUUAGUUUAUAUUCCAGACAACAAUGGUUUGGGUUAGUACAAUCAGUAUUACUUACAGUAUACCAUAGUCCCAAGUUUGUAAAUCUUCAUACCAUGAAAAUGUGAAAUUCAGUAAAA